GGACCCCGUGUAGGUGUCCAAGGCAUUGGCCUGUUCAAAAACAAACGGGGACAAGCUGUAAAAGUCAAGCCAGAUUUGAAUACAUUAAAUUAUUGGAACACUAACUGAUACGUGUAUCUAUGUUAAAUCUCUGUGCGGUGGAAAAUGAAAAGGAAAAGAGCUGGGCGAGCUCCAUCAGGCACUGAGGCGGACGGCCACAGGCUCUGGGUUCGAUGGUUGGAAGGCGGUGAAAGAGGAUGGCUGAUGCUGGCCCCAGGAUGGAGGUGUGUCCUUAUUGUAAGAAGCCAUUUAAGCGAUUAAAAUCCCACUUGCCACACUGUAAGAUGAUAGGAACGCCCAUAUCUGCUGAUCAAAAAGUUUAUCAGUCCAAACCAGCUUCACUUUCACAUGCUAAAAAAGAGGCAAGGCCUACCAAAGACCUAACCAGAGCUAAAAGAAGAGAGCAAGAGACAGAAGGUGCAAAAAGAAGUGCUCCCUCAGAAAAGGGCAGCCCAGAAUGGACAGCUGCCACCUUUCCACUGACAGCAGGUGUCCUGGAAAGAGUGGGUACAACAGAGGCAGGAGGAAAAACCAAUAAUCAAAACCAGCCCCCUUUCCAAGUUCUCAGUCACGCCAAGAUAAAGGUGACUCUGCAGAAAGUCACAACCCCUCGGUCUCGUGCAUCAGAGGCCACCUCUCCCAAGAGAGAACUUGCCAAAGAUGUGACUGGAUCCAAGGGAGGUCCGUGUCAUCCCUCAGAAACAGAAGGAUUGCUGGUUGGCUCGGCAGAAUCAGUUUUAUCUGAUCAAGGUAGAAAAUAUUCCUCAACUCAGCAUCAUGCUAAACCGGCCACUUCUGCAGGUCUGAAAUUGGACACAGUCGAUCCCCAAAGACAGAAACCUCUGGCAAAAUUAUUAGACGUGCCUGUUAGUGAUUGUCAUUCACCAAAGAAUAGCAACCAUGGGGUUCAGAGAGGCCGACCCUUGAUAUUGAACAAGGAAAGCAGUUCCCGAGAUGGAGACCACGUCUCAGAAGUCUCUCCCUACCCUGGCAAUGCUGAGACCCAAAAGAAGUCAGAAUCACUCCUCUUGGACCUUCACCCUGCUCCACUGGGUAAAACACUAGUCAGAGAGCACCAGGAGCUUGACCUCGGAACAGAGUUGUGCCAGCACAAGGGAAAUCCUGAGAACAACAGCGUGUCUGCCACGGAAGCACAGGAGCAGGCUUGCUCGAGCCCUGAUAAUAAGGACCCCAUUUUACCCACAAAGGCCAAAACACAGGCGGCCAUGGCACUUUUGAACGUAUUUACUCCACCAGAGGGAACUUCGAGGAAGCUUCUCUCUGUACCAGAAUCAGGGCAUCAGUGCCUUGCCUCUCCGGUUGUGAAGUCUCCUCCAGAAGUCCCUGCCAUAACACUAUUAGUGGGAAGCAAGAGGGACGUUUUGGAACCCGUGUCUUUCCGCCAACCCCAUGCACCCCAGACAGGGUACCAGGUACCGUCAUAUUCAGCUCAGUACCUGGUCUCUAAAUGCUCCCUCGUCAGUCGUGUUGCUGCUGCGGACUCAGAGGCUCUUCCCCGGUCUGUGGGACUCGAAUGGUUUCCAGAACUCUAUCCAGGUUAUGUUGGUCUAGGAGUGUUGCCAAGGGGGCCUCAGCAUUGGAACUCAGUGGCUCAGAUGCCUCCCCCUGCCUCUUCCCAGGGUGUGAGUGUCUCGAAAGUUCCCUGGUUGGGACGAAGUUCGGCUGAUAGCUGGAGUUCCGAAGCCCCGGCGCACACAACUUCCAGCUUCCCUCUUAUGAGGCUCCUGGGAGCCGUGCACAAAGGCUGGGUGAGGUACAACGCCACCAUAAAGAAGAGCAGCGUCGGGAGCCUCACCAUGCUCUUCGCUGGCUACUUCAUCCUGUGCUGUAACUGGAGCUUCAAGCAUCUGAAGCUGCAGCGCUGGCGCAAGUAAUGCCGAGCACGUCCGAGAGCCACGGAGGGUGUGACAGAGAAGCUGCAGAGCAGACAAAACACUCCAAGUUUGUGCUGCAGGCAGAGAGGGUGCCAAUAAUAAAACUGCC